AUGGCCGACGGAGACGGGAUCUCGAUUUUCGGGUCGAGUCAUAUCUGGAUCCAUCACAAUUCGCUCUCUAAUUGCGCUGAUGGGCUCAUCGACGCUGUUAUGGCUUCCAUCGCCAUUACUAUCUUCAACAAUUACUCCACACAUCACAAUGAGGCAGGAGAUGAUAUUAGUCCGUACAAUAAGGGAAGAGAAACUACUGUUUGGUGUGUUUCCCUUACGGUUGGUUAUCUUGGGUUCGAUGGCUUUACAAGCACAUUCCAAGACAAACUCUUUAAAAGGAUAUAUAAUAUGGAGAUACAUAACCAAAUAUUCAACACAACACUUUGUUCCUCUGUUCUGAGUUUCACUGAAAUAUUAUUCUAUAGAAAGAAGACUUUUCUCCUUGUUCUUUCUCAACACAUGAAGAUACUACUCCAACGCGCACAAAAUGUUGAGCGUGGCUUUAAGAUCAAUGGCUUUAUCACUGAUGACACUGCAACAGAGAUUGAUCCCAUAAGGUAUGAAUGA